AUGACUGACUGUAUCACUUCUCAUGGCCAGCACCCGCAGCCUACGUUCCACCAAGUCCUGUCUUCCACCACCAUUGACUACAUCCUUGUGUCCUCAGACCUUCACCCUCACACUACAGACCCACAAGUGAGCUAUAUUCAUCAGAAAUGGUCUGAUCAUUGUCUGGUUGCAGUCAGUCUGUCCCUCCCUUCAACCAAGUCUUCUGGUAAGGGACUUUGGCGUGCUAACCCUUGCCUAGCACAAUCACUUUCGUUUCAUACCAAUCUCAACACUCUUCUCUCCACCCUCGUUCCUGCCCUUCGUGCUGAUCUUUCUCCUCAAGCCCAAUGGGAUGCGAUUAAGCUCGAAGUCAUUCAUUUUGGUGGUCUUGGUAUCUUGGAUCCUGGUAUACAGCAAUGUGCUCUCCAACUUCGCUGGCUGAAGCCCCUUAUCCGUAAUCCUCUACUGCCUCACGGUCUUGUUCCCCAAUGUAUGCCCUCUCACCCUCCGUAUCGACCUGCUUGGCGUGAUUUGCAAGUCCACCAUCUAUACCAAAUCGAGUCCAACUUGGAUAUACUCACACCCAUCACUCCCUCUCAUCCUUUACCCCGUUCUGUCACACUUAACCGCAUCCUCAACAGAAUUCGCGAUCAUACAAUGGUCUUGCAUCCCAUUCUCUUUCGAGCAUGCAUUCCUUCUUUUGUACUGGCAUUCCAACAGCCAGAUCUUCCUAUUCGCAACGGGUCGUCCAUUGACCUCCAGCCACUUCUGUCAGCCCAACUUCAUGCACUUCUGUACUGCAUCAUGCCAUCCACCAUCUCUUCUCCUCUCUGCACUAUGUGCCAGGUGUCCAUCAAGAUGCAAGAACAUUUUCUUCUUGCUUGCCCAUUGAAAUCUGCUGUGUGGACAGGCAUUUGGUUGGAAUUCUUCAGCACCGUCCCUCUGCCCUCUGUCCUCUCAAACGCUUUCCAAUCCUUUGUCUUCCCCCCCACGCUUAACCCUGCGAUCCCUGCUUCCUCCGUCUUUGGCCUAACUAUCCUGGCUAUUUGGGAUCACCACUGGUCUUUCCACUUUAACUCUGUCCCUUUCCUUUCCUCUGUGGUGCUCCACACUGCGUGCAAGUCAAUUUCUUGUCUCUGCUCUGAACUAGAGCUGGACUCUCCAUAA